UUUUUUUUUCUAGAAAGUGAGCUGCGGAGAUUUCUGCGGCGAAACUAUGAGUGUUUCCUGUAAAAAUAUCACCUUAGAGGCGACAUUUGGAUAAAACGCACCGAUCUGGAGUUGGUUUUUACGCACCGUUUGUUGGUGUUUUCGACUUUUGCGGCUGCGUCUACUUUUUUUUUUUUUUUUUUUUUUUUCUUUUUGGAAAAGUUGGGCCGGACGACAACACAGAUUCCACUGUGGAGUAGAUAUGCGCUUUGUUACAUUCACAAGUAUGCCAAGAAAAAACAACAGGAAAACGCUGUGGUUGACUGGAGCUUUUGACAGCUAACACACUUUGGAAGAAUCCACCACCUCGACUUUUCAACUUUAGUAUGAGUCGGCCUCACUUUUACUGACACACAUCGAGGUUUUUCGACUGAUUAAAAAGAAAAUAAAAGGCGAGAAAAUAGUUUGACUUCGCCUACUGUGACUUUCUAUUUCUGAACGCAAUUUUUUUUUUUUUUUGGAGACACAAAGUUCUUCGCCUGCUUUGGGACUAUGGAUCCGAGCCAGCAUAACCCUCCAGCCGGACACCAGAUCGUCCACGUCCGGGGCGACUCUGAGACAGACCUGGAGGCGCUUUUUAACGCCGUGAUGAACCCCAAAAGUACUAUCGUGCCUCAGUCGGUGCCAAUGAGGAUGAGGAAGCUACCAGACUCCUUCUUCAAACCUCCUGAACCAAAGUCCCAUUCCAGACAAGCCAGCACCGACGCCGGGACCGGAGGGACCCUCACCCCCCACCACAUCCGGGCACAUUCAUCCCCAGCCUCCCUGCAGCUGGGGGCCGUGUCCGGGGGCUCCCUGUCCGGUAUGGCCUCAGCAGGUGCCUCCCCCCAGCACCUCCGUCAGUCCUCGUAUGAGAUCCCUGACGACGUGCCCCUGCCCCCGGGGUGGGAGAUGGCCAAGACCGCCUCCGGACAGAGAUACUUCCUCAACCACAUUGACCAGACCACCACUUGGCAGGACCCUCGUAAGGCCCUGCUCCAGAUGAACCAGGCCCCGCCCCCGGCCAACGCUGUGCCAGUCCAGCAACAGAAUAUCAUGAACCCAGCCAGCGGUCCACUUCCCGAAGGCUGGGAACAAGCUAUUACAUCAGAGGGUGAAAUUUAUUACAUUAACCACAAGAACAAGACCACAUCCUGGCUGGACCCGAGACUGGACCCACGUUUCGCCCUUAACCAGCAGAGGAUUACCCAGAGUGCUCCAGUGAAGCAGGGAGGACAGCUCUCCUCCAACACCCACAGUGGAGUCAACCAGAUGCGACUGCAGCAGAUCGAGAAGGAAAGGAUAAGACUGAAGCAACAGGAGCUGCUUCGGCAGAGACCCCAGGAACUCGCUUUAAGGAAUCAGCUGCCGACCAGUAUGGAUCAAGAUGGCAGCACUAACCCGGUCAGCUCCCCAAUGGCCCAGGACGCCCGGACCAUGACCGCCAACAGCUCGGACCCAUUCCUCAACAGCGGGACCUACCACUCCAGGGAUGAGAGCACAGACAGCGGCCUGAGUAUGAGCAGCUACAGCGUCCCCCGAACUCCAGAUGACUUCCUCAACAGCGUGGAUGAGAUGGACACAGGUGACCCUCUGCCGACCUCCAUUGCGACGCAGCCCAGCCGCUUCCCCGACUACCUGGACGCCAUCCCGGGUACGGACGUGGACCUGGGCACCCUGGAGGGUGAGAGCAUGGCGGUGGAGGGGGAGGAGCUGAUGCCCAGCCUGCAGGAGGCGCUGAGCUCCGACAUCCUCAACGACAUGGAGUCCGUGCUGGCAGCUACCAAGAUUGACAAGGAGAGCUUCCUGACAUGGUUAUAGAAGAGGUGGGCGGGGCUGCUCCUGACUCCUCCCCCUUUUCAUGUUUUUUUUUUUUUUUUUAAAACCUCGGAACUGCUGCCUGCUCUAAUCUGUGAAGGAUUCAUAGAUGCUUUUUUUACAAGACAUUUCAGCGAGCCUCUCUGUCUGGACUUCCCGUCUCGUUAUAACCACCUUCGCUUGAGGCAGUAUUCGCUCUGUUCUUUGUUUUUUUUUUGUUUUGUUUUUCUUUCACUGGUGUGUUAUCUCCUUAUUUUGUCUGUGUCUUCAAGGCUGGCCCAUGAACAGACAAUUACGCAAGGGUCCCCGCAUCUUUCACAAAUCUGCCAGUGAAUCUAGGGCAUCUUUUCCUAGAGUCUUCCCCUCCUAGCUGAGCUGUACUCGGCUGCAAGGACAUCAUUUAUCGCCUCGAGUCGUUCGGUGCCUCUUUAUUAUUAUUAUUAUUAUUUUUUGCAGUAUAGCGUGAAGCAGCACUCCUUUAACUGUGUUUGGGACUAUUGCAUUUAGCUUCUAUGUGUUUAGCCUUAUACGUUUUUACUCAUUUUGUUUGUUUUUAACGAGCCUGAGAAACCAAAAAUGAUGUAUUUGAAGCAUAAAGAACAAUACUGAUUUGGAGUAAAGGUAAUGUGAGGCCCAGCUCGGACACGUCGGCUUUUGCUUUUUUUUUUUUCUGAGAGCCAAGGGGGGUUUAUAGGUAAAAGAUUGGAGCCUGGGGACCGACUACAUUACUGCUUGGCUGUGCCAGCAAGUCUAAGUUAAACCUUUUUUUUUUUUUGUUAGAUCAAGUGCCUUCAGUUGUAUUUUUUUCUUCUUUUUUUUGUUUUUUCGCGAGCAACAAGAACAGUUACUAGUUUCUAGAACGGAGCAAUAAGCAUUUACACGAACAUCCAAUAAUAAACCAUAAAUGUGUUUUUUCACAUUAUAAGCAGAUUUAGGGAUUUUUUUUUUAACCCUAGCUUCUCUUUUAUCUAUAUUCAAGUCUAAUUCAUGAGUUUUUAUCUUUUUAGUACUUUUAUUUUUUAGGUUACUACAUAUGUAUGAUAGCUUAGACAAAAUGGCAUUUGCUUUCGUUUUUAAUCGGCUUUCAUAAAUACCUGAUUACAUUUUGAACAGGGUCGACUGUAGCUUCUCCACGAGACGCCAGGACACAGAUUGAUUCAGUUUCGGCUCCUUUUUAAAAACCAUUUACCUGAUCCUCUUCCUGUUUUGAUUUAUUAUAUACAUAUUGGUGUUUUUUUUUUUUUUUUUUUUUUUUUAUCACAUGCAGCUUUUAUCUUUUAUCUUUCCUCGAUGUUAAGAUAUUCCUAAACAUUAACCAAAAAAAAGGCAGAUCUUUAGGUUAAACAUUGAACUAUAGCUCUUUAUGAUUAAACCAUGUGACAGUGUACAGAGUUCUGGUUGUUUUUAGCGGCGUCUUCCUCUGCGCUACGCUGUGCUGUGUGUUGGAAUGAGCGGUUUAGAAAACAGCAGCUCGGACAAGUUUAAGCAGGUUUAAGAGUCAUGUCGAGGUCGGGGUCGAAGGCCAGGGUUUGACGAACGGAUGGACAGCGGCGCGGAUCGGAUUUUAAUUUUUUAUUUUUUUUUUUUUGUGAAAUAAUUAAAAAAAACAAAAAAAACAAUCACUUUUUAUGUCUGGCAAAAUUUGUUGUGGGAGAUUCCAAAGAUUUUUUUUUUUUUUUUUUUGUCGCUAACACUUGUUUUCCGCUUCCAUUUGCAUUUGAGUCCAGAUGUGUGAAUCAGCUUCUGUAUCGAACAAAACUUUAUAAGCUAAUGAGAAAACAAUGUAGGUUUUUAAGUGUUAAUGGACACGUCUGAAUAGGUGUAGCUGAGGUUUUUUUUUUUCGUAGAAGAAGAAGAAGAACAAGAAAAAGAAGGUUGUUUUGAGUGACUAACCCUGAGAUUUAAGGACGAGGUUUCAGAACAAAAUAAGAUAAUUAAAAAAAAAAAAAAAAAAAAAAGCAAGUGAUUCUUCUGUAAGCGCUCGUUUGUUUACAUUCUCUCCGAGCAAAAGAACUGCUACAGCCACAGCGGAGACAAUACACUGACAAUUUUUUAAAUUUUUUUUUUUUUUUUCACAAUUACGUUCUUUCGAUGUUUACACCAUGACAGUAGAUAUGCAGAAAAAUCAACCUGCUGAGGCCUCGCAGGAUGUCACACAGAUUCUUUAUCAACCAAUUCUGAUGAUGGAACAAUAUUAUUAUUACAUAUAUAUAUAUAUAUAUAUAUUUUUUUUUUUUAGAUCUGAGAACAUGAACAUUGUUUUUAAUCGUGAAAACAUACACUGUGUGAGCAGCCUCCUCUUAGUUUUGAUUUUAUUGAUCAUUAAAUCAUGUGUUAAUGAUGGUUUGAAGACGGAUAAACAGUGUUGGUGAGAACAAUGCAACUAAAAAUGAGUGGUACACUAUAGUGCUUGUAUUGCACGGCUACAGAGUUUUCAUUUUAAUGCAAUAAUGCAUUUUGUCACAAAAAAGCCUGAUUUUAUGCUUAUUUUAGUGUGUAAUUGUCAGAGUAUAUUAGCUGUUGACUGUCAAUGUAGCAGUAGGAACUAAUCACACAAGUUAAUGGAUUUUGUAUUUAGAGUUUUCUAAAUGCACAUGAAAUGAGUUUAUAUUCAGUAAUGAUCUGUUCUCUCUCUUUUUUUUUUUUUUUUUGAUAGAUAUGUGCAUGUGUUUUAGAACAAUAAAUUCUGUUACAUUAUAUCUCUUCAUAUGAUACUUUGAAAUUGGCCUGAAAUAAAGUAUAUACUUUGUGGUAAUGA